AUGGAGUCAGAAAGACAGAGAACUCCAUAUAAACGUGCUAGAACCAAAAGCAGCAUUUCUAGCACUACAGGAGUUCUAGGAGAGGGUGAAGGGGCACUCAGUGAUCAGUGGCCACGAACAGCAUCUGGGUGGCCUAGUACAAGUGGCACAACAGCAAGUGUAGCUUUCAUUCGUCGUCAAAAAAUAUACAUUGGUCAUGUCGGAGAUUCUGGCAUUGUGUUAGGAUGUGAAGAACCAAAUGGUGUGUGGCGUGGAGAAGCUUUGACGCGUGAUCACAAACCUGAAAACAUUCAGGAAAAAAGUAGAAUUACUGAAUGUGGAGGAAAGGUCAUCAAUAAAUCUGGAGUACCACGUGUUGUGUGGAAUAGACCAAAGUUUGGUCACCAAGGCCCUGUUCGUAGGUCAACCCCAAUGGAUGAAAUUCCAUUUCUUGCUGUGGCCCGAUCAUUAGGUGACUUGUGGAGCUACAAUGCAACAAAUGACCAAUUUGUGGUCUCUCCUGAACCUGAUGUUUGUGUUGUACCAAUAGAUAUCACACGCCAUAGAUGCCUUAUAUUUGGCACUGAUGGCUUGUGGAACAUGCUAACGCCUGAUAAUUCUGUCACACUAGCUCAUUCUGCUGAAAAGAAUAAUGAAAAACAUUACCUUGGUGUUCCUACCUCAUGUGGAAAGCAACGGUUGUGGGUCAACCCUUCAAAGUCUGUUGUAGCAGGUGCUCUUGGCCGAUAUCUGAAAUUAAACCUUCGUGCUGACAACACAAGUGCUGUAACGGUUUUUCUUGAUCCUCCAGGAAGACCAAAGCGAGAGGUAUUGCUACAACAAAAAGGUAUGAAGAAAGGGUCUCCGGUGAAGCCAGUAAAGAAAGUAGGAGAAGAGGAAAAAACCCGUGAAGCAACUGUGAAGGUUCAUGUAUAUAAUCAAAAUCAGCCUACUAAACAUGAAGGUAUACGGGGAUUAUUGCGCAUCAAAGAACGUUUACCAGAAAAGUGGCAAACAAAUGCUAACCAGGAGACUUCAUCAGGUGUAGAAGAAGAGGUUCAGGGUUGCGGCAGUUUAGGAGUCCAGGAUACUUGUGACGAUGAGGGUUCGUCUGGUGAUAACAGAGACCCAUUAGCUGUGCACACAACUGACCCAGAGACGACAAAAAUUGGCUGCUCAGAAUGCGGGUGUGCAAAUGUUCAUGCAGUUCCUAGUACAUCAGGUGAUAAUCUCUCAGUUAAUAGUGCACAAAAUAUUCCUACAACUGUGUUACCCCACACCUUGCCAAGUUUUUCACCACCCAGUGAAAAUGAAGUAAAAAGCAGAUUGGAAAGUUUACCAUCUGGGACAGAAACUAAGUCAUCUUUAAGAGAUGAUAUUCAAAUUCCUGUGGUAUCAAGUAGUACACUUAGUCCAAAAUCAGAUAGUAGAAAUAGAAAGCCAAAAACCAUUGUGUCCAAGGGAAAGGGUCCACCAAGUACAAUAUCAGAUAAAAGUGAUAGUCGAAGAAAGACAAGGUCCAAUAUAAAUGUGCCAGUUGGUGUGGAGAGUGAAAAUAGAGAACAAACUCCUCCUGUCCCUUCAAAUAACAAUAAUGAGUGGAAGGAGAAAGAUGAAAAGGCUGGGACAAGUGCAAAGGAGAAGAAGAACUUUGGGAGUCCAAAAAUGGACUCUGCUCACCGUGUUUUGAAGUCUGUUAACAGAGGGACUCCUGAACAUGUAAAUCAAAAUACCUGCUCCCCAAAAGUUGGAACACCAAAGCGCAAGAGGAUAAUGGAUAUUGAGUCUGAACCAAUAGAACCUAUAGCAAAAGCAGCUCGAGUCCACACACGUUCUCAUACCUGGAGCCGUAAGCCCAUGGUUACAAGAAGUCAAGACAGGACCCAUAAAACUCCUGCUAAACAAAAAUGAGAUUAAAUUGAGUGUUUUGAUUUUUCAUUUGUU